AUGUGUACGACAAAUGGGGACCCUCCUCUCACUGCAGCUAUACUAUCAGGAGACGCAUGUCUUGUGAAGCACCUUAUUACAAACGGUGCUGUUAUCAAUCAUUUGAACAAAGACGACCUGUCCCCAUUGCAUUUUGCAGCCUGUGUCGGAAAUCUAGAUAUUUUUAAACUUUUGAUUCAGAGUGAUCAUGAGGUACAUGUUGAUACCACGUGUCUAUCUACCGCCUGUAAAAAUGGUAAGAUUAGUGUUGUUGAGUAUCUAAUCGAUAAGGUGGAUAUCAAUAAAGUUGAUGACAAUUGUCCUCCUGCACUUCAUUCUGCUGCUAGUUCAGGUCAUCUUGGUAUUGUAGAAUAUCUUGUAGAACAUAGUGCUAAUGUCAAUCUGUGUGACAAAAACGGACAUACUCCAUUAUUCUUCGCAUCAAAAUCUGGACAUCUGGAGACUGUCGGUGCUAGUUGUCUAUCUUCCGUUUGUGGAGGCGGUCAUUUAGAUGUUGUAGAAUUUCUUAUUGACAAGAUAGAUGUUAACAAGGUCAAUGACAUUUGUGAUCCUCCACUCCAUUGUCCUUGUAGUGAAGGCCAUCUCAAUAUUGUUAAAUAUUUAGUAGAGUACGAGGCAGAGAUUUAUUUGAUAAGUUUCUCUAAUGACAGUCCACUAUGUUGUGCUGUAGAGAGUGGACACUUUCCAGUUGUUGAAUAUCUUGUAGAACAUGGUGCUGUCAUGAGCAAGGCUAUUGAAAUUGCAACGAAACGUGGUCAAAAGGAUAUCCUAGAUUUUAUGUUCAUUUAA